AAACAUGGAGGACCUUCCAGAUGAGAUUAUUUCAAACAUUCUUGAAUAUCUUGAUCCUGYGACUAAACUAAGGACCGCCCUGGUGAACAGAAGAUUCCUUGAAAUAGCUACAGAUCCGCUCCUUCACAGAUAUUCAAAAUUUAAAAGCUCCUACUAUCUUCCAGAAAGAUUCAUUACUACAUACAUCAAGAAGUUUGGGGGCRGCUUCAAAUAUUUGAGUCUUCAGGACUGUUACUGGCUAAAACUAGCAGAUAUCUCUGUGAUACAACAUUCAUGUUCUAAUCUGACUAAUCUGGACUUAUUAGGCUGUGUUGAAAUUCCUGUGAAUAUUGUUCUCAUCUUAUUUAAGCAGAAUGUUCAUCUUCGGCAUUUUGGUUGGACAGUUAGUUUGGAUUUGCUGUCAAAGUUGAAGAAUGUCAACUCUCCUCAGGGUCAACAUGCUAUAGAACAAAUCAAUGGAUUAUCWGUUUUAUUUCACAACUUAAUCUCUUUAAAGGUUGGACUCCAGGUGUAUUCGGCAACAGCUUAUAGAGAUGCAUUUGAGCCYGAAGCUGCACUUUUCAUGCAUUUGAUAUCAAGGAUUUUUUCACCUAAAUUGCAAAAAUUAUCUGUUAUUUGUCUUGAGAGAGGACAGCUUAUGCUAGUGCCAAAGUUGUCUAGAGUCGUACUUAAGAUAAGUGUUGAGCUUAAAGAAAUUAAUAAGACCUCAAUUUCUUGUAAUGUAGACAUGAAAAAUUUCUUUGCUAAUACAAGAAAUGAGCUUGAGAUAGCGGCAAUAUCAAAACCUGAUGGCAUUAUCAAAGGRUGGUUGAAAUACGUGCUGGCACAAAAGGAUUACACAAUAAGAACAUUAGUUGUUCCGGGUCCUCCAUUUCUCAACUUCUGGAUUCCACUGCUUGGAAAUGGCUUGAAAUCCUGUCAACUGAAUGAAAUUCAAACAUUGGACWUUAGUUCAUCACAUGAUAUUCCUAUUUACUGGAUGUGUUCUGUGCUGAAGGCAAAUUCAUUGAGAUUUUUGAACUUAUCCAACAUGGAGUGUGUGAGUGGAAACCUUCUGCAURUUAUAUCAGAGAGCUCUCCACAUCUGGAGAGUUUGAAUCUUCAAGGAUGUCAUGACUGCCUAGAUCCUAUCUCAGGGCUGAAAUCCAUAGCAACGAGUUGUCCUCGCCUGCGGCAUCUCAACCUAGGUCGAAUACAUUACCACACAUCAACAUCAAACAAUGAACUAAUGGAAAUACUAACAUCRAUUAAGUACUUGAUAUCAUUGAGCCUAUCAGGAUGCAGCGUCAUGCCUUUUCAGUGUUAUACUGAGAAACAAGAUGAGUUUCAGUCCAACAAAGAUGAUUCAGGAGUGAUGGAAUCAAACAAGGAAGAAACUGACUCAUUGUCAUCAUCAUAUGAUUCCUUAUCAUCACAUGAUUCCCUGUCUAAUGGCUUUUUUAAAGAUGAUUAUGAUUAUGUAUCAUGUCAAAGGCAGGUUGAGGAGACACUACACUGUUUAAAGAGCGUCAUACUUACUUGUAGCUUUCUGCAGGAAGUGGAGAUAAUUGCUGUUGGAUUUCAUUCUGUUUUGAGGAAAGGUUGGUCAGCCAACAGACCACCACCUGAAAGAGCACAUCUCAUAUGGGAUUGCCCAGAUCAGGAAAGUGAAUUUCUUGAAGCUUUGGCAUUCUGUACUUGUCUUCAGAAACUAACUCUUGCAGGCCUAGAUAUUUGAUGUGGGCUGGAAUUCUUGGUGAAGAUUACUUUAUCUUGUCAAAGGCUGCGUUUCUUGUCAUUAGCGCAACUCAGAGGGCUGGAGACAAAUAGUGCUUUACCAACUCUGACAAGAGCUCUUGAGAAAUGUUACAGCUUGAAGCAACUAAGAUUCGAGCAAUCAUAUUUCGCAGUGCCUCAGUCAUUCAUCAUGGCUUUAUUCCAUGCAGUGAAUCUAGAAUCACUCUGUAUUAUCACCAAGGGUGGAAGCAUCGCMGUUUCUGCUAUUCUACCAUUGUUUGAAAAGUGUCGGAGGCUGCGCGUUCUCCAGAUUUGUGCUGAUGCCUCAUCAUCUGAAGAAACCUUUCGUAACAUCACAAGUAUAUUGAACAACAGGUACAGCAGUGAACRACCAGGUUUAGCUGUCUGUCUAUUUCCAUAUGACAGCAACACCAGAGAUCUGCAUGAUAAACUAUUCAAUCACGCCCAUGAACAAUCCUUUCCCCUCRUUCAUCUCAGGAAUUUAUCCUUGUUUGGAUCUGAGGUGGCAACCUAUGUACCUUUGUGAUUGAAAAGAUAGAGUUGCACAGCAAACUAGGGGCAAAACCAUAGCACAUUCGUUAUUCAGAAAUCAUGAAAAUCACUAAUAAAACAGUGUGAAUAACACUCUGAUAUCUGAUAUUCAUAGCUACAAUUUUUACAAUUCCCAUGCCAAAAACCAAUUUUAUGAAACGCUCCUUCUCCCUAACGUGGUGCUAUUGCCUGGAAUAAGUUGCCCAACGAAAUGCAAGAGCUCGAUUCCUUGGAAUCCUUCAAAAAAGCUCUGCAGCKAAAAACAUGCAAUAGCACCCUUAAAUAAUUAGUUCUAUAAAUGAACCUGUUUAUUUUACAUUUUUACAUGUAAUUAGGAUACAUUAUUAGCAUAGGUAGAUAGGUAGGUAGAUAUUAGUAUAGGUA